GCAAAAGCCGCGGCUGGCAAUUACUUAUCGGCGAUGUAUUGCCAUCGGUCCAUCCUUCCAGAGCACGCUAUCAUCCUACCAUCCUCUCCCCUCGGAAUGUCGAAUCUAGCUCUCUUCUCGUAGCAUUUUUAUCUCUUAUUUUUAUAUCCCCUGAUCCUGCCUUGUAAAAUGGCAUCUAUUCCAGGAUUCUCAGCCGGCCGGAGGGCCAGGCCGUCAGAUACCGCAGCGUCUAGGAACUGCGAGCUAGCGAGAGCACCCGGCCACGAUUCAACUGGCUCUUUUUCUGCAGGGUCCCUGGAGGACAGUGAGACCGUUCUUCUUAAUAGGGAAUCGUCGUCAGAUGGACAACCGCCGACAGAAAUUUCAGCAAGAGUGUCCAACAAAUCCCCCUACUCGGUCUCGAACACCUCAGACACCAUCGAUUCGUCUGACACCGAACCGCGAAAGUGCUGGAUCUGUUAUACCGACGAGACAGAAGAUUCGCCACUCAACUCAGAAUGGCGCUCGCCUUGCCCUUGCGCUUUGACUGCUCAUGAAGCUUGUCUCCUGGACUGGUUGGCCGACAUGGAGAACCCUCGGACACGCAAUCUCAACGGUCGCACAACUAAGAUGCUCUGCCCGCAGUGUAAGUCCGAAAUAAUGGUAGCGCGACCGCGCAACUUCGUUGUGGAUGCUGUUCGCAUGGUUGAAAGACUUGCGGGCCGCUUGGUUUUGCCUGGGGUGGUGUUCACUUUGGCGGGGACGGUUUGGGCCGGUUGCUGCGCACAUGGGAUGUAUUCUAUGUACUUUGUCUUUGGAAAAGAGGAGGCAAGACGGAUAUUUGAGGAGAAUGUAGACGGACCCUGGCCGUUCAUACCGUUGGCAUUGAUCUUUGCGCGCACCCGUUAUGCCGAGGCCCUUCUCCCUACCGUUCCGGUGCUGUUCUUUGCAUCCCAUGGAUCCACACAGGAAUCAGACCUGGAUCUUUGGCCUCCAAGUGCAGCCAUGACCUUUGCCGCCCUUCCUUAUGUGAAGAGUUUCUACACCACUCUCUACGAGAGGUUUUUCGGAAAAUUGGAGCGGAAGUGGGUGGCGGAGAUCCAGCCGAGAGCAGGGGAAAAUGAAGCAGGGCAACAAGACGCUGCUGGAGCUAUGGACGAACGGGGAAAUGACGGACAGAUCUUGAUGGAGAUCGAUCUCGAAUUGCAGGUCGGACUUGGUGGUGAUGAAGACGCACAGGAGGCUCCCGCGGGACAAAACCAAGGAGCAGGUCCAAUGCCUGGAGUCGGGCGCGCACACAAUGAACUCAUAACAGAUGGCAGCAGCCUUGCGGGGACUGUCCUCGGGGCCCUUCUAUUUCCGGCAAUAUCCGCGAGUAUGGGUGGGUUACUAAAGCUUAUCCUCCCAAAGUCGUGGACUACCCCUUCAUCCAUGGUGUUAGAGCGAGGUCGAGCUGGACUCUUCCAAACCCGCUGGGGAAGAAGCGUCGUUGGCGGUUGCGUCUUCGUCUUGUUGAAGGAUGCGUUGAUUCUCUAUUGUCGGUGGAAGCUGGCGCAGACACACCGAAAACGACGGAUAUUAAACUACGAUCGGAAAAAGAAGCAGGUUGCGGGAAAGGGAAAUGAUAAAUAGAUUGCUGGACUGAUUCCUGGUUUAAUUGCUUCUUGGAUUUUCCUCUUGUCUGUUCAACCUGACGAUCAUAACACGGUUUAAUGCAUUUCUAGCGGCGUUGGCAUGAUUCAACUUGGCAUCGAUAAUGACGCUCAAAAUUUCCUUUCUCUCUCUACGUUGUAUAAUACAACCAGGGUAUUUUCAUUCUUAGCAAAAAAAGAGAAUUUGCAUAUAUCAAAC